AAAAAAUGGCAAAUAGUUAUCCUCCUGUUCUUACUAUUGCUGAUUUGACACCGCCACUUUUUGAUACAGAUAGUGAAACUUCACUUAAUUCAAUUCGAUCAAGAAAGACACCAACCUUUUAUUCAACAAUUUCAGAUGUGGAAAAAGGUUCUGCUUCAAAAACUAGAGAAGUUCACUCUAUUAUUCAAAAUACCAAAAACCAAUUUACUCAUGAAAAAGAUAAAGAGCAAAAUAUACUUAGAAAACAGUUGUCUUCAAAAAAUGAAGAAAAUUUACUGUUACUCUUGCAAAAUAAGAAGUUAAUGAAUGAAUUGGAGAAUGCUAGUUUUUGUAUUCAGCAAUGUCGAUUAGAGAUAAAAGAACAACAGAGCCUUAAAGAUCAGGUAUUUAUUCAAGGAGAAGAACUUAACAUAAAAAACUAUGCUAUUAAGGAACUUGAAAAACUUAUUACUGAAUUACGUCAGCACACUUGUGAAAUUGAAGAUCAAAAUGAGAAUUUAAAAGAAGAACAUGAUCUUGUGAAUCAAAAUUUAAAAUCACUGAAGAGACACUGUGAAAACCUUGAAAUGAAAGUGGAUCAAUUAAACAAAAAAAAUAAUGAUCUGCUAAUUACACAUGAAAGCGACAUAGCCAUGAUAAACAAGCUAACAAGCUAUAAUAAAGAAGUUGAUGAAAAAUGUGUUGCUAUUUCAACUGAAAAUAAAGAUUUCUGCAAAAAGCUUAAAGAAGCAGAUUCAUUACACCUGAGAUUAAGAGAUGAGAUUAACAAUCUAAAUUCUAAAUCAAUUGAAGUCACAGCUUUAACAGAUGAAAUUUUGAAUUUUAAAUUCGAGAUUAAAAAAAAAGAUGAAAAAAUAUCUGAAUAUGAAGAUGACAUACGAAAACUGAAACUGCUUGUUUGUGAGAAAACAAAAAAUUUGAAAGAUGGUAAUGAUCUUCUCCCGCAACAACUAACUAAUGAAGAUGUUAAAGAUUUUAACAAGAUACAAGCAAUUAAUGCUGACCUGCAGUUAAAGUUAGAUAUGAAAGAUGCUGAAAUUCAACGUUUGCAAACUGCAACCAUGUCAAGCUCUUAUGAAAAAAUUGAUUCCUUCAAUUUAAAGGGAGAAAACAGUUUGUAUGUGUUGCGUGCAGAAUUGACUCCAUUUAUUGAUAAAGUUCGAUAUAAUGAAAAAGUUCGCUGUGAACUUGAUCAUAAAAUAGCCCAGCAACAUGAAGAUAUUGCUAAACAAGCGGCUCAAGUUAUUGAAUUGACUGGGAGAUUAGGCGAGAAAGAUAUGCUAAUUGACUCAUUAGAAAAUAAGUUAAAUGAAAGAAACAACAAUUUAUUUCAAUUGCAAAGGGAAAAAGAAAAACUAUUACAUCAGCAAAUAUCAAACAAAGAAACAAUACAGUCAUUAUCUUCAUGUUUAAAAUCUCAUCAAGAAGAUUAUCGUACCACAGUUUCAGAGCUUGAAAAAAAAAAUUAUGAAUUAGAUAUACUAGUCAAAAGUUACUCAGAAAAAAUUACUCAUUUGGAAAGUCUUCUUUUAGCUCAUGAUGAGGAAACCAAAGCAACAGACAGUUUAGUUACCAAGAUAAAGUUACUGCAUGAAAAGCAUUGUAAAGAACUGGAACAACAAAUUUUAGGUUUGCAAAAUAAGCUUCAACAGGAAAUCUUAAAAGUGGAAAGUCUUGAAAAGAAAAUUAAAUUGUAUUUAAAAGAUGGCAAGUCAAAAAGCAAAGAUAUACAACAUCUACAAGAAUAUGUAGCAAAAAUGGAACAGUUAUUAAAUGAGAAGAAUAACCUAGUUGAACAAUAUAAAGAAAAACUGCAAAAACAAUCAGAUUCAGAGAAAGAUCGUGCUUUAUAUUGUGAAACCAUUAUUACAAAAUACAAAUCUGAUAUUGAACAGAAAUGUAAAGAGUAUGAGUCCAAAGAACUUGAAUAUAAAAGUAAACUUUUGGUUGUUGAAAAUGAACUUAAAGUUUCUAAAGAUGCAAUAAGACAUUUUAAUGGUGAAGUUGCAACCAAAAAUAAACACAUCGAAGAACUUAAAAAGUCAUGUGAAGAAAAUUUUAAAAUGCUAAAAGAAAGUAAUAAAAGAAUUGCUGAACUAGAAGAUGCUCAUGAAGAAGAAUAUACUUCUCUUCGAGAAUCAUCAUUGCAUGAUCAAAUACAGCUAAAAGAUGAAUUAGCUAAGCUGAAGACAGAAAAGUUAGUAUGUCAAAAGGAGUUGCAGUUAUACAGAAAUCAAAUCCAAGAGUUGACUUCAACUCUAGGAGAUGCUAAACUUCAAUUUGUAACUUUAGGUAACGAUUUAGAUAAGAAAGAUAGUAAAGUUUCUGAGCUGGAAGCUGCACUUGUUAAGAAAGAAAAGGAAAUUGAAGAAUCGAAUAGCAUAAAUAAAAUUCAAAUAAAAGAGCUUAGUUUAAAUAAAAAAAAGAUUAAAGAGUUAGAAAAAGAUAUCAGCUGUAAAGAUAAAACAAUUAAUGUACUACAUGAAGAAAAGAAUGAUUUAUUCAAAAAGUUAGAAAAAUUAGAAGAGAAGUGCAACAGAAUUUCUUCAACUUGUUUCACUGCUGAAGAAAAUUUUAAGGAAGCUAAAAAAGAGAUUUUGUUGAAGCAUGAAGCACUUUCUAGAUGUGAAAGAAUGUUAGCAAUCAGUCAAGAUGGAUUGACAAUCAAGGAAAAAGAGCUCAAUGAUUAUCACAUGAGGGUCACUGAGCUCCAAGAAGUCCUAGAUCAGCAACAAUGGAGUUUAAAGGAAAAGGCUGCAAUGUUUACUCAGUUGGAUAUGAAUAUUAAACAGCAACAGAGUGAAUGGCAAAGCAAAGUUGAACAUCUCAAAUUAUAUAAUGCACAAAUUGAAAAAGAACUAGAAGAUAAAAACAAUAAACUUAACGAACUUUCUAUUGUUGGUUCAAAUUUAAAAAGAGAACUUGACUCAAGUUCUAAAAGAUGUCAAGAAAUGGAAAGAAUGCUCAAAAUCCAAGAAGAGGCAAACUUGAAUUCUAGUGCAGAAUUGAAAAUUAUUAAAGAAGAGUUAGAAAAAUGUCAAGUUGAAUUUAAAAAGAAGAUGGAGUCAGAAAUUCAGCUUGCUCUCGUGAAGCAAAAUAAUGAAAUUAAUCAGUUGCAACAAAAACUUCAUAAAACAAGUUGUGAAUGCCUGAUAGCUCAAAAAGCUGCAACAGAGAUUUCCCAAGAAGUAGAAAAUCUACGCAAUACUUUAUCUUUAAAAGAGAAAGACUGCAGUCGAUUAGCUAGAGAAUUAGGUGCGUGUCAAAUGAGAGAAGCUCAAGAAAGAGCCAAAUUUAAUCAAGAGCUUAAUCAAGCUUCAAAAUACCACCAAUUAGAAAUUAAUCAUCAAAACGAACAGCUUGAUUCACUUCGCGGUGAUCUCGAUCUUUAUUCCACAUCACAUCAACACCAAGUUUUAAACUUGCAACUACAGUUGCAGCGUAAAUCAGAGGAACAUCAUCUUUGUGAGAGAGAUUUAGAACAUUACAAAAUUCGCACAAGUGAACUUGAGGAUUGUUUAAAGGCUGGAGAAAAUCAGUUAAAGGUGGAAAAGGGACGGUCCAGAGAGCUUAACGAGUGUCUUGUACUUAAAGAUGCGGAGAUUGCAAGAUUAUCGGCUCGUGUUUCUGGCUUUGAACGUAAUUUAUUAAUGCAGCAAAAUAAUUUUGACCAAGAGCCCAGGCCACUGGGCUCUGAUGAUAGUAUGUCGUCUGAGAAAUCCCAAGAUAUAUUUUUACCUUUAAGUGCAGUUGAUUCCACAAUGUUCAAAAAUCAGAAAGAAUCGAUCACUCAACGCAUGCGUAUUAUUUCCCCUGUUCGGGAACUCACGUUUGAUGGUUUAGAUGAAACAUCAGGAAGUUACUCAAAUGAUAUUUUUUCUGAUGCUAAUUUGACGAGUGUGGGUGCGUUGUCAAUUAGCUCAUUUUCUACGUGAAUCCAUCUUUUUCUUUUUACUUUUAUUUUUCCUAAGCAUUCUUUGCUAUGUAAAUUUUCAUUUUUCCGACAUCCUUUUUUGCACGCUUUUGUUUAUAGAAAAAAAUAAAAUGUUUUAUAAUAAAUCAAAAUUUUCCCUUUAGGAAUACUAUUUUCGUUCAUGUAUAAACUUAAUAAUUAAAAAAAUAUAAUGAAAAUAA